AAGCCUGUAAGGUAGAUGUUAUUUUUAUUUCGGUUUCAUCAAUGAGGAAACUGAGGCACAGAGAUGUUAAGAACUCACUGAAGUUCACAUAGCAAAUAAGUGCUAGAGUCAAAAUUAAAUUCAAGCACUUAGACUGUACAGAAAGGGAAAAAUUGAGAAAGUGGCAGCCCACAGGCCACACCUAGCCUUCAAACAUAUUUUAUCUGACCUUCAAAGUAUUUUAUGGGUUUUUUUUUUUUUUUUAGAGUACCAACAUUUAAAAACCAGGAAUUUGAUUUGAAAAUUCCAACUUUCAGCUUCCCUUUGCAAAUCAGAAGGUAAACACUAAAGCAGCUUUCCUACAAGGCAGUCGUCAGCUGGGGCACUGGUGUUCUAGCUUCUGCCACAGUCCCCGUGACUCCCUGAUGUUUCCACCUUGCCUGCUUCACUCCCUCACCAUAAAUGCCCUGUGGACGUUUGAGUUUCUGAUCCACAAGUGUGGCUUCUUGGUCUAACCAGGGAGAGAUUCUAUUGCCCAAGCCCAUUGUCCUAUAGAUGAGACCCUCAGGCUCAGAGGAGAGAUGAGCCACUCAAGGUCCUCAGUAGAAGCCAGGCUGUUGCAUUAUGUCUGUGCCAGGAAAUGAAGGCGGAGAAGAGCUACAGAAGGGACCCUCUGAGUAAGAACAGAGACCCACCCCAAGAGUGGACCCUGGAUUAUCUCUGCCCUGCACUCCCCCUUUCCCCAGAGGGCCAUAUGGGAGCUCCUGCCAGCAUCGCUCCCAACUGGUACCCUAUUUUCCCAUUUCCCAAACAUUUUCUUCAGCCCCAGAGCUACCCCCAAGGGUGAGAGCUGAAUCCAGAUCCAGCAGCCUUUGCAGGGGGCUGGCUCAGUAGAGGCCAGGGCCACAGGUCUGGGGUGGGUGGAGGAGGACCGGUAGAGUAGAGGCAGAGGCAGCAGCCAGAAAUGGAGCACAGAGCUGAGCAAGGUGGGGACGGCUAAGUGGACAGAGGUGUGGAUAGGGUGGGGCCAAGUUGUGGGCAAGAUGAGGCUAGCUUGGGGGUGGGUUGGGUGUCCAUAAGAACAGGGAGGUGGGGCAGGGUGGGAGCAAACAGCAGGGCCUCCAGUAGAAAGUCAGCCCAGAGCCCUCUGGGUCCAAGCACUGGUGUUAGUGAUGGCAGAAUUGCACGGGCAGCAAUUUUCAGCCCCAGAGGCAAUUUCCUUAAAGGCCUGAGGGGGACACAGAGCUGGGGUUCAGAGACAGAGUUGGGGAGGGGCGUUGCUCAAUCCCUAACACCCCAUAUGCCCCAGAAGGAUUUCUUCCCCUUUUAGAAAAAGGAGAAGCUACAGUGGCUGUAGGUUUGGGUGUGUGGGAGAGUGCGCGGCAAAAGGGCCACCAGGUAGGAGUGGCCUGGGCCUCCGAUGGGGAGAGAAAACACUGUGUUUGUUGUGUCUGAGACUCUAGCCAGGACACGGCCCAGGGGCAGCCUGUCCUGAGGGGGACUCUGAAGGACAUCGCAUCAGGGAAAACAGCACAUGUGCCCCACACCAUCCAUGACCGCGCAGACGCACGUGUUAUCGGGCUGUAAAUAGCACAGCUGGAAUUAUAAUUAUUUGGUGGGAGGAUGUUGCUUAUUGUCAGGGGCAGAUCCUUUCAGACACCUGGGGCAUUGUCGGAGCCUUGGGAGAGUGGGUGGGGAGGAAGGCCCCUGGCUCCAGGGUGGCCCAGGGCACGUGGGACAGGAAAAAGCCCCCAGCCCUAGGCCUGAGCCUAUGUCCAUGUGGGAACCAUCCAUCAUUGUGCUAUUCGUGGGGCCCAGCACCCCACCCCAGCCCUCAUCGGUUGCUGGGUAAGAUGGCAAAAGCACCCAAAGGAAGAAUGCUGUGAACUUGGGAAAUUCUAGGCCUCAGGAUUGAAAACUCUGGCUUGGGGAGUUCCUGUUGUGGUGCAGCAGAAAUGAAUCCAACUAGGAUCCAUGAGGAUUCGGGUUUGAGCCCUGGCCUUGCUCAGUGGGUCGGGGAUCCGGUGUUGCCUUGAGCUGUGGUGCAGGUCGCAGAUGUGGCUCAGAUCUUGCAUUGCUGUGGCUCUGGUGUAGGCUGGCAGCUGCAGCUCUGAUUCGACCCCUAGCCUGGGAACCUCCAUAUGCCGAGGGUGCAGCCCUCAAAAGACAAACAAACAACUCUAGCCUGGACGCCAGUCCCCACUUGGCCAUGCCCUUGCUGUGUGCCUUUGGGCAGAUCCCAUCCUUUUCUGGGCUUCCCUUCCCUGCUUCUCUAUCUUAAGAGACUCUCCACAUUCCUAGGCCCCUUCCAGCUCUGAAACCCUGUGGCGGGCUGUCUUUCUUUAGGGCAGAGGAAUGAGGCAAGAUUGGGACACGGAGGUGACCACAGACAUUUGAGCACUUCUUACAUGUUAGCUAGGACUUGCUAAACACGUUAUACUCACCGCUUUUAGUUCUCAUGACACCCUUGAUGUAGGGCUUAUCAUGCUCAUUUUAAAGAUGACAAAAUAGAAUCAGAGAAGUCAAGCAGUUUGUCCAAGGCCGCAUAGCCCUCCGCAGCUGAACUAAGACCCACACCUUGGACCAGCCAGCACUAGAGACAGGAAGAGUCCCCCACCCCACCCCCCAGUGGGUGGGGCUGACACCUCACCCUCCAGCUACUGAGAACGUGAACUGACCUCCACUUGACUUCUCCACACCCCACACAGCCAUCCUUGCUCUGCCUCAGACCCAAACGGAAAACAUCUUUCUUGCAUUCCACAAAUAUUUACCAAGGUCCUAAGAUGAGCCAGGCCCAAGGCAGAGAGGCCAAAGGGGUGCAGAGCUCCUUAAGGGACUUCCGCCCAGAAUUUGGUCCUGCUUCUGCCAUUUUCCAGCAGUAGGACCCUCAGCCCCAGGUGGGCUCAGCCUCAUAUAGAAGCUUCUGUUCCAGUACCGGGGAAAGGAGCUCUUGUUUGGCUUCAUCUCAGGACAGUAGUUUUGUGUGAUCUUUUUCCCCCUAGCAGGCACCUUGUGAAACCCUGUGGGUGUGGUGCCUGGGAUGGGUGUGUGUGGGUGUGGACAGACGUGUGUUUUCCCUGACGGGGCAGGAGCUUAGCAGGCAGUUGCCAAGGCAACACCCCAGCUUUUGGAGGUGUGUCCUUGGCUUGAUUAGUCAGGCCUGGGAGGCCCCACCCAAACAGCUGAACUCUGUCCAGCUGUUAGGAGCUGUAAGUACACAGUUGCCGAUGGCCUGUUAUUGCUGGCCCUGUGUGAGAUGCAAAGGGCCAGGUCUUCGCCCUCAGAGGGGGCCACAAACAGACACAGACCUGGUCUCCAGCUCCUCACCAGGCCCUGUCCUCCAGGACAGUCCUUGGAGAGUAUAAGAAUAGGCCAGGCUCUGUCUUUAUCAAGAUGCAGAGCGAGCAUAGAGGGCAACAGAAUCAAGGACCAAUCAGGACUGGACCCGAUUCCAGCACCGAGCUCCAGGAAAUGCCCCCGGGGCGAGGGGCUGGAGGCCCAAAGCCGGCAGGCCCGCCCAUGGGGCUCCAGGGCCAGGAGGACAAAGGGCACCUCAGAUGUGUUUAUUGAUACCUGCUCCUGCAGGAAGUGUCCAUUCAGAUCAGACCAAGGAGUUCGGGAAGGGGAAGCCAGGCUCUAUGGGAGGAAGCAGCACUUCCAGUACCUUGGGAAACAAAGCAUUGGUGCGUCCGGGGCUGGAGGCCAUUGGCCGGCACAGCCCCCAGGGAGGAGGCCCACUAGGGGAUGCUUCUGUCCUUCCUCAGCUCUCCCAGGCCCUCCCCAAGGAUGACCAUCUGUAGCCCAGACUGCCACCUCGAGCCAGCUGCCCUCAAGGUCCUGAGCUGUGAGGAUUUCCUAAGGUUCCGCUUCAGAUCUUUUUAUGCCCUUCCCUCAGCGUGGGAGGCUCAGGGGUCCUGGUAGUAGCUGGCACUUAACACUAUGCCCGGCAUCAUUCUAAUCACUUUUUCAUGGAGUCGCUUAUUGAGUCCUCCUUCCCUACGAGAUGGAUAAACUGAAGUGCGGAGAGAUUAAGUAACUGGUAUAGAAUCUCACGAAUAGUAUGUGGUGGUGCUGGGAUUUGAACCCAAGUCAUCUGGCUCCGGCGGCCUGAACUAUAGAAGUAGCCAGAGGCAGACUAGAGGCCUCAUCUCCUUCCUGCAGAUGGACAGGAUGACUUGGCUAGUGAGGCUGCAGGCUCCCUCUCCCACUCUCCCUGUGGUGGCUGGGACAGCCACUUGGCCACAGCAUGGGGAAAGGCCUCAGCGAGAGCCGCUGCAUGUAUUUGUGGAAGGCACCAGGGCCUGAGAAAAUGAGGGACAGGAAGAAGCCCAGAGAGGCCUGCUGCCCCUUUUCUGGCUUCUCAGGAUAGUGAGCAGUGCCCUCUCUCCCUUUCUCUAGGACAGCCAAGCUGUCCCCUGCCACCAGUUGCCACUCGUCACAGUGGUGAGUUUGCUUCUCCAGUGAGGAAGAGGAGCUGACGGCAGCUACAGCAGAAGUAGUUUUACUUUCAGUUUGGUGACAUUAAAUACCAUUGAAUCACAGGGAGAGAAGGUUAAUCCCUUUUCGAUUCUCUUUCAGUCCUGAUUACAUCAAAGAGAAAGUCCCAGUUUGAUGCCUGUGUGUCUUCAAAACAUCACUAUUACUUGCUAAGCUCUCCUUCUUUUGCAGCGUACAGCAGGCUUGGAGCCUUCCCCGGGCUAUGGUUUCCAACUAGAAUGUACCUUAUUUGGUUUUCCUACUAUGUACUUUUAUGAUUUUGUUCUAUUUAUGGCAAGUGACACAGACUUUCCAUUUAUGGCAGUGAUAUAAAAUUUCCCUUUAGAAUCUAUUUACUUAAGUAAAAGAAUGUGUAGACUUAAAGACAGUACACAUAGGGUGAUAGACACUGCAGAAAUCCCCAACGUGAUGAACAAAUGACUGACAGUCAGGAAGCACCAUCAUGGAAUUACCCUUCAGAAGCGAGUGGCCAGCCUUGCCAAGACCAUGCCACCCAGCCUGCCCAGGGCUCAGAUAAAGGGGGAGUGUGUGUUCGUGGUCCCACAGUACAUGAACAGCAAAGGCAGGCCUUGACCCUGGGUCCCCAUAGGAAAUAAAUCCUAUGUUGAAAAGUGAAGGGACGAGGCUGGCUGGGUCAGGAGCAGAGCAAGUUCAUUACUGAAUUACUGAUGGGCACAAUGGUAGCCAUUCUUUCUCUCGGGGAAUGGUCAGCCAAAGGGAAUAGGCUGAAUGUUAAGACCAGCUGCAAGCAAGACCCCAAUAAGUCAAGCUAACCCUGGGCCCGGAUUGCCUUGAAGUUGCAAAGUCCCCAUCUCUGGGGAACUAUCAAGAGGAAAAUCUAGGGACACCUCCAUAGACGUUUCAGGCUGUAAAUGCCGAGAGGGGCUACAGGGGGCUGGGCCCAGCACAUGCUUCCUUUAGGGCUCCCUCAUCCUAGAGAGUCCUGUCCCAGGGAAACCAGUCAGCCAGUGCCUUCCCAUGCUCCAGGUACUCUGCCAGACCCUGCAGGCAGCGAGGAGCUCAGAUGGUGAGCCAAUGGCAUGUGGCCUCCCAAAGCCAAGAGGCAGAAGAACACUACACAGCCAGAGUUCCCCAGGUGACAGGCGCUGUGUUGGGUGUGCAGCGAAUCUUCACAGCAGCCCCCCGAGGGAGGUGCUGUUGUCACCCUGCUGGAGAGAUGCGAGAACUUGCUCAGGGAUGUUGAGUAACCUGCCUACAGUCACAGCGCAGUAAAUGGCCAUCUGGGGAUUUGAACAUAAGUCUGAUCAACUCCCCAAGCCAGACUGUUAAGCAACGGGGUUGUACAGGAAGCCCUGGCAGGCAGGGCACACGACUGCAGGUGUGUUGCUUAGGGACCAGAAGAAGCCCAGAGAGGGCUUCAUCCUUCCCACACAGGGUGGCAUCGGAAAGACCUUGGGUGGGCCAGCGCUGCUGCUGAGGGGAUCUGGGGGUCUGUCAGAAGCUGUACCGCCAAUCCCUGGUUCACCCUCCCUGGUGAGGCCGGGCUGCUCCUGGACGAACAGUGGGCUUAAAACCUAGGGCUUCAAACUCAGUCUGAGGGGCUUGGUCAGUGCAGGUUGAGGGGGCCACUGCCAGUGGACCCAGUGGUCACCAAGGACCCCUUCCUUCUUUUCUUUCCCUCAGUCUCCUCCCUAUAGGGAGGUGGCCUCCCAGCCGUGUAUCUCCCACUUGGGCCACCUCCCUCUUAGGAAGGUCAGGCCCCAGGGGGGACCCCUUGUUCUUCUUGGGGGAAAGUGGGAGCAACCAGCCCAGCCCAGAAUGGGGCUACCCAAUAUUGCUGGGUACCUCUGGCGCUAGGUUGAUGUCCCCUUAUGUCCAUGGGCUGGCCUCAAGGCUGCAGCUUUCCACCCCAGGGCCUCUGGGCAGUGGAUGGUAGAUUUCCUAAGAACUGAUCAUUGCUGUGUCAGAGGCUUGCACCACUGGGGUUACUCAACAAGGCCCUGCAACCUGCUUACUAUGAAGGGAAGAUGGAGUCUCCCUCCAGCCCCAGCAUGCCUCCCUAGGCUGGUUCCAGAGUUGGGCUCAGCCUAUGAGGACUUGGCAAGGACAAUACCUCCCUCGGGUCCUAGGCAUGCCAAUCAGGAAAGAAGAGACUCUGCCACCCUUGGGGGCUGCUGGGUCCUGGCUCCUAGGGGCCUCCCUCUACCCAUCUCACCCCAAGUCGGGCCCAGCAAAGCGGUCUUUUCUUGGGCUUCUGAGCACCAUGCUCACCACCACCAUUCUCCAUGGUGCUGGCCCAGCCCCAAGAGUCUGCACCAGCCACCUCCAUCUCACCUUCCCAAAGCAUCAAGGCUUUGACCUUGAACAGUCCUGUUCACGGCAACCCAGCACCUCAGCGGGCUGCCGAGCAGGCCUUUCCAACUCACAGACACCCCUGACCAUACCUGAAACCAGGCCUCCCCAUGUCUUAUCUCCCUUGUUGCACACCGUACUGGGGGGCAGCAUGAAUAGUCAUAUUUCAGUUAAGAAUACUGAGUCCCAGAGUAGUUUGGACUGAAAGAAUUCUCCUGAUUCCUUUCGCUGCUUCAAACCCUAAUUAUCUAUCUCCCUGAGCUGGGCCCAGGAAGAGAUGGAGGACCAAAUUGUUUAAAUAGCCGAGACCUCCGGGAGUCAAGGCUCCCAGCCAUGCAGACAAUAUGGAUGAGGGGCUCUGAGCACUCUGCUGCUAGCCACUCCGCAACCUGGCUCCCUUGGUCCCAGUGCUCUAGGACUCAGUUUCCCAAACUGGGGCUGCUGAACAGAGAGUGGCCCAGCCAGAAGAGGGCACGGCAGGGGUAAGAAAACUGCAGGGCCUCUCGGGAUCUCUUGGAAAGGAUGGGGCAGGGCAGGUGGUCUGUGGUAGGUGGGAUGCUGGCCUUCUUGCCCGCCACCACCCCCUGCUCCCUUGGGAAGCCAUGUCCACUGUGAUCCAUGGCCUUGGUGCCAAGACUGCUCCCCCACCCCCUCUGGCUCUUCGUGGGGAGGGUCUAAUUUGGGGCUCAGGCAGGUCUGUUUGUGGGGUGGGACUUCCUCCCCUCACUGGAGGCCCAGGCAGGUCUCCCAGUGCUGUGAUAAUGUGCUGCCUGCAGGUUCCCCAGUUUGUUUCUGAGGUGUUUUCCAGGUUCUCUCAGCCUCCUCCUCCUCUUGCUCUUAGCCUGUCCUUCCCUUCCUCCCUUUUCUUCUGACUUGUCCACUGGGUCCCUUGCCAAGCUCUCCACCUCCCUCCUGCCUCCCUCUGACUCCCUGCAUGACUCACACUUUCCCCGAGGCUUCCCAGGGAAAAAGUUUAAAGUUUAGUUCCAUAGGCUGCCUGCCGGCCCUCGCUUCCCUUGAAAUUCAGCUGCUUCAGUGCUGAACAGGCAAGAACCAGGGGCAAGGCUGUGAGUACCGGGACCCCACCCCCAGGAGCCCUGACUAGGAUAUAACCUGGAGUUGUGACAGUAUGGACUUUGGAAGAGGAAAGUGGCACCUCCCUGCAUAUGGCCUCUGUGUUUGAGCUGAGAAAACUGAGGCUAGAAAGAUGCUAUAAUUGGUAUUGUUUCAAAACCUGAGAAGUACAUCAGCAUCUAGCUUAGCAUGACACGUCAUCAUCAUAGAUUUCAUCCACCCUUACCCACCAGCAGGGUCUUGUACCUGACAUUCUCCAGCCCGAUCCAGGUCCUGGUAUACAGCCACCACCCAUGUGUACGUGACCAUCGUGGACGAGAACGAUAACGCACCCAUGUUCCAGCAGCCCCACUAUGAGAUCCUACUGGAUGAGGGCCCAGCCACAAUCAAUGCCAGCCUCAUCACCAUCCAGGCACUAGACCUGGACGAGGGACCUAACGGCACAGUUACCUAUGCCAUCGUUGCAGGCAACAUCAUCAACACCUUUCGUAUCAACAGGCAUACGGGCGUCAUCCGUGCUGUCAAGGAGCUGGACUAUGAGAUCAGCCAUGGCCGCUACACCCUGCUCGUCACUGCCACGGACCAGUGCCCCGUCUUGUCCCAUCGCCUCACCUCCACCACCACGGUGCUUGUGAACGUGAAUGACAUCAAUGACAACGUACCCACCUUCCCCCGAGACUACGAGGGGCCAUUCGAUGUCACCGAGGGCCAGCCAGGACCGAGAGUGUGGACCUUCCUGGCCCACGACCGGGACUCAGGCCCCAAUGGGCAGGUGGAGUACAGCAUCGUGGAUGGAGACCCUCUGGGGGAGUUUGUCAUCUCUCCCGUGGAGGGGGUGCUGCGGGUCCGGAAGGACGUGGAGCUGGACCGGGAGACCAUUGCCUUCUACAACCUGACCAUCUGUGCUCGGGACAGGGGGCUGCCCCCGCUCAGCUCCACGAUGCUGGUGGGGAUUCGGGUGCUGGACAUCAAUGACAAUGACCCCGUGCUGCUGAACCUACCCAUGAAUAUUAGCAUCAGUGAGAACAGCCCCGUCUCCAGCUUCGUCGCCCAUAUCCUGGCCAGUGACGCUGACAGUGGGUGCAAUGCCCUCCUCACCUUCAACAUCACUUCCGGCAACCGGGAACGGGCCUUCUCCAUCAAUGCCACGACAGGGAUCGUCACUGUGAACCGGCCCCUGGACCGUGAGCGGAUCCCGGAGUACAAGCUGACCAUUUCCGUGAAGGACAACCCGGAGAAUCCGCGCAUAGCCAGGAGGGAUUUUGACUUAUUGCUGAUCUUUCUCACGGAUGAGAACGACAACCACCCCCUCUUUACUGAGAGCACCUACCAGGCGGAGGUGAUGGAGAACUCUCCUGCUGGGACCCCCCUGACGGUGCUCAACGGGCCCAUCCUGGCCCUGGAUGCGGACCUGGAUGUCUACGCCGUGGUGACCUACCAGCUGCUGGGGGCCCAGAGCCGGCUCUUUGACAUCAACAACAGCACCGGCAUGGUGACAGUGAGGUCAGGUGUCAUCAUUGACCGGGAGGCCUUCUCACCCCCCGUCCUGGAGCUGCUGCUGCUGGCUGAGGACAUUGGGCUGCUCAACGGCACAGCCGACCUGCUCGUCACCAUCCUGGACGACAAUGACAACUGGCCCACCUUUAGCCCUGCUGCCCUCACUGUCCACCUGCUGGAGAACUGCCCACCAGGAUUCUCAGUCCUUCAGGUCACAGCCACAGAUGAGGACAGCGGCCUCAAUGGAGAACUGAUCUACCGAAUAGAAGCCGGGGCUCAGGACCGCUUUCUCAUCCACCCCAUCACCGGGGUCAUCCGCGUCAGCAAUGCCACCAUCGACAGGGAGGAGCAGGAAUCCUAUAGGCUGACAGUGGUGGCCACCGACCGGGGUACUGUCCCCCUCUCGGGCACAGCCGUCAUCACUGUCCUUAUCGACGACAUCAAUGACUCCCGCCCCGAGUUCCUCAACCCCAUCCAGACAGUGAGCGUGCUGGAGUCAGCCGAGCCAGGCACUGUCAUUGCCAACGUCACUGCCAUUGACCGUGACCUCAACCCUAAGCUGGAGUACCACAUCAUUGGUAUAGUGGCCAAGGAUGACACUGACCGUCUGGUGCCCGACCAGGAAGACGCCUUCGCUGUGAAUAUCAACACAGGGUCUGUAAUGGUGAAGUCCCCCCUCAACCGGGAACUGGUUGCCACCUAUGAGGUCACUCUCUCAGUGAUUGACAAUGCCAGCGACCUACCAGAGCGCUCCGUCAGCGUGCCAAAUGCCAAGCUGACGGUCAACAUCCUGGACGUCAAUGACAACACGCCCCAGUUCAAGCCCUUUGGGAUCACCUACUACACAGAGCGGAUCCUGGAGGGGGCCACCCCGGGCACCACACUCAUCGCUGUGGCAGCCGUGGACCCUGAUAAGGGCCUCAAUGGGCUGAUCACCUACACCCUGUUGGACCUGAUGCCCCCGGGCUAUGUCCAGCUAGAAGACUCCUCAGCGGGGAAGGUCAUUGCCAACCGGACGGUAGACUAUGAGGAAGUGCACUGGCUCAACUUUACCGUGAGGGCCUCAGACAAUGGGUCCCCACCCCGGGCAGCGGAGAUUCCCGUCUACCUGGAGAUUGUGGACAUCAAUGACAACAAUCCCAUCUUUGACCAGCUCUCCUACCAGGAAGCUGUCUUUGAGGAUGUUCCUGUGGACACAGUCAUCCUGACGGUCACUGCUACUGACGCUGACUCGGGCAACUUUGCCCUCAUUGAGUACAGCCUUGUGGAUGGUGAGGGCAAGUUUGCCAUCAACCCCACCACAGGUGACAUCUAUGUGCUGUCCCCUCUGGACCGGGAAAAGAAGGACCACUAUAUCCUGACUGCCUUGGCCAAAGACAACCCUGGGGACAUAGCCAGCAACCGUCGGGAAAAUUCGGUGCAGGUGGUGAUCCAAGUGCUGGAUGUCAAUGACUGCCGGCCCCAGUUCUCCAAGCCCCAGUUCAGCACGAGCGUGUAUGAGAAUGAGCCAGCGGGCACCUCGGUCAUCACCAUGAUGGCCACCGACCAGGACGAGGGCUCCAAUGGGGAGUUGGCCUACUCACUUGAGGGCCCCGGCGUGGAGGCCUUCCACGUGGACAUGGACUCGGGCCUGGUGACCACGAAGCGGCCCCUGCAGUCCUAUGAAAGGUUCAACCUGACCGUGGUGGCCACGGACAGCGGGGAGCCCCCCCUCUGGGGCACCACCAUGCUGCUCGUGGAGGUUAUCGACGUCAAUGACAACCGCCCCGUCUUCGUGCGCCCGCCCAAUGGCACCAUCCUCCACAUCAGAGAGGAGAUCCCGCUGCACUCCAACGUGUACGAGGUCUACGCCACAGACAAGGACGAGGGCCUCAAUGGGGCCGUGCGCUACAGCUUCCUGAAGACCACAGGCAACCGGGACUGGGAGUACUUCACCAUCGACCCAAUCAGUGGCCUUAUCCAGACCGCACAGCGCCUGGACCGCGAGAAGCAGGCAGUGUACAGCCUCAUCCUGGUGGCCAGCGACCUGGGCCAGCCAGUGCCCUAUGAGACUAUGCAGCCGCUGCAGGUGGCCCUGGAGGACAUUGACGACAACGAGCCCCUCUUCGUGAGGCCUCCAAAAGGCAGUCCCCAGUACCAGCUGCUGACCGUGCCCGAGCACUCACCGCGUGGCACCCUCGUGGGAAAUGUGACAGGCGCUAUGGACGCAGAUGAGGGCCCCAAUGCCAUCGUGUACUACUUCAUUGCAGCCGGCAACGAUGAGAAGAACUUCCAUCUACAGCCGGAUGGGCGCCUGCUGGUGCUGCGGGACCUGGACAGAGAGCGCGAAGCCGUCUUCUCCCUCAUUGUCAAGGCCUCAAGCAAUCGUAGCUGGACACCUCCCCGUGGGCCCUCCCUAGCCCUUGACCUGGUCACUGACCUCACCCUGCAGGAAGUGCGUGUCAUGCUGGAGGACAUCAACGACCAGCCGCCACGCUUCACCAAGGCCGAGUACACUGCAGGAGUGGCCACCGACGCCAAAGUGGGCUCGGAGCUAAUCCAGGUGCUGGCCCUGGACGCAGACAUUGGCAACAACAGCCUUGUCUUCUACAGCAUCCUGGCCAUCCACUACUUCCGGGCCCUUGCCAAUGACUCUGAGGACGUGGGCCAGGUCUUCACCAUGGGGAGCGUGGAUGGCAUCCUGCGCACCUUCGACCUCUUCAUGGCCUACAGCCCUGGCUACUUUGUGGUGGACAUCGUGGCCCGGGACCUGGCAGGUCACAAUGAUACGGCCAUCAUCGGCAUCUACAUCCUGAGGGACGACCAGCGGGUCAAGAUCGUCAUCAACGAGAUCCCCGACCGCGUGCGUGGCUUCGAGGAAGAAUUCAUCCGCCUGCUCUCCAACAUCACUGGUGCCAUCGUCAACACUGAUGACGUGCAGUUCCACGUGGACAAGAAAGGUCGGGUGAACUUUGCACAGACAGAGCUGCUUAUCCACGUGGUGAACCGCGAAACCAACCGCAUCCUGGACGUGGACCGGGUGAUCCAGAUGAUCGACGAAAACAAGGAGCAACUGCGGAAUCUAUUCCGGAACUACAACGUCCUGGAUGUGCAGCCCGCCAUCUCUGUCCGGCUACCUGAUGACAUGUCCGCCCUGCAGAUGGCGAUCAUUGUCCUGGCCAUUCUCCUCUUCCUGGCUGCCAUGCUCUUCAUCCUCAUGAACUGGUACUACAGGACCGUACACAAGAGGAAGCUCAAAGCCAUCGUGGCUGGCUCGGCAGGGAAUCGCGGCUUCAUUGACAUCAUGGACAUGCCCAACACCAACAAGUAUUCCUUCGACGGGGCCAACCCCGUGUGGCUGGAUCCUUUCUGCCGGAACCUGGAGCUGGCCGCCCAGGCCGAGCAUGAGGAUGACCUGCCAGAAAACCUGAGUGAGAUCGCCGAUCUGUGGAACAGCCCCACUCGCACCCACGGAACUUUUGGGCGUGAACCAGCAGCAGUCAAGCCUGAUGAUGACCGGUACCUGCGGGCAGCUAUCCAAGAGUAUGACAACAUUGCCAAGCUGGGCCAGAUCAUUCGAGAAGGGCCCAUCAAGCUGAUCCAGACGGAGCUGGAAGAGGAGCCUGGGGAGCGCAGUCCCGGCCAGGGCAGCCUGCGCUUCUACCACAAGCCGCCGACGGAGCUCAAGGGGCCUGAUGGGAUCCACGUGAUGCACGGCAGCACAGGCACGCUGCUGGCCACCGACCUCAACAGCCUGCCUGAGGACGACCAGAAGGGCCUGGGCCGCUCACUGGAGACACUGACAACUGCUGAGGCCAGCGCCUUCGAGCGCAAUGCCCGCACAGAGUCCGCCAAAUCCACGCCCCUGCACAAGCUACGCGACGUGAUCAUGGAGAGCCCCCUGGAGAUCACAGAGCUAUGACCACACGGGGAGCCCGACUGGUGUGAGCAGCAGCCCACCCCCCACCCCCUCCUGGGCCAAGAGCAGGGGCAGGACCGCAGGCUGCGGGCCCCUCCCCAGGCAGCUCUGGGUGUGCGACCUUGGGCUGGCCCAGCAGCAGGGCCUGCCUCAGAUUCUACUUUUGCCAGACACUCAUUCAGCAUCGGAUCGCUACCUUCAUUAAAUGUGUUAUUUUUUUAAGAAAACCUAACGGAAAUGCUAAGCAUCUAAGGAUGAGGUAAGGAGGGUCACCGGGAGCCCAGGAGUCUGAGGACCAACUAACUUAGCCCAGGCUGAGCCGAAAGAGGCCAAGCAGGCCCUCUUCCCCUCCCUCCUCACCCCUGCCCCCCACCCCACCCCUGGCACAGGUGCCCAGCCAGGGGAAGGGAGCCCAGAGCUGGCAUAACCUGGCCUUGACUCUUUGACUCCAAGUUCCAGUGCGUUUCUGCCACAUCCCCGGCCGGACCUCCAGGUGGGGGCAGGAAGUAAUCCCUGCCUCCCCACAAGGACAUGGUCAACGGCAGCGAACGGCCUUCUCUCCAUUUCACCGGCUUCCCCAAUGUACCCAACUCAGAAAUGACUGGUGUUUCCCUUGGGUUUGAAUGUGGCGUGUUCGUGUAUGACCCUUUUUUAAAUUAAGUUAUUCCCUCAAUAGUCUCCCCUUGGUUGUGUUCAACGGGUACUCACUGAACGUUGCUGGAAUGAUCUGCAUUUUAAAAAGAAAGGCAACUCACAAGGAACCGGCAGUACACUCUGGCUAUGGUAACCUAACCGUGGGGCUGCGGGGGAGGGGUUAGGGGUCAGAGCAGAUCUAGCUCGACCUUCGACUUCCACCUUCGGGGCAUUCAUUCCCCUGCCCAUGGCUGGCCUGGGGCUGUCAGGGAGGACCAGGUGGGAUUGUCUUACUCUGGUCAAAAGGGGCGCUUACGGGCCCAUAGCCUCAGAGCUCAUAAAGAGCCAAAUUCUUCUGGCUGAGGUGUCACAAACACACAGGCUCAGAUCUGGUUGACGGACUUUAUUGUUAAAUCACAGAAGUUUUAGUGCAAAACGAAACUAAAAAAAUUGUUAAGUUCAUUUAAUAGCAACUGCGCGUCUAGCUGUCUCCUGGCAACCAGAAGUGGAGCAGAAGAUGCAGCCAGACGGGAGAGGAGGCAGGGUGGCAACCGAGGCCCCGGGACAGCACACCCAACAGACCCUCUACCUGGAAGCCAGAGGCUUAGGAGCUUAUCAUCCACAUGUAUUUGCAGGUCAAAAAGAACACCUAUAAAAUGGGGGGCAGGAGGGGGAGGCCAUGCUGCCUAGAGCAAUGGCAGUCCUGCUCUGCAGGAUGGACACAAGAGCGGGCAGGAGGCGGUCACCACUGUCCAUGUUUCACACAAAAGCAGGCCCGCAGGAUCUCCACAGAGAACCAGCAGAUUACAUUCUGGCACGUUCCCCCC